GUCAGAACGCAAACACAUGUUCUUCCGAAGAAAAGCACAGCCUGAAUCCUCAAUGGAGGAUAUUUCAAGUGCUGAAGAACGCAAGGAUAAUAUUUUGUACGAGAAAGAGAAUAGAGUCAGCCAAUCUGUGAUGCUCAAUCGGUACUCUACCACGAGCAAGGACCAAGAAGAGUCUAGCCAUGAGGAUGAUAAGAAAGAGAAAACUUAUAGCUCAGUUGAGCUGGAUGAGAUGCCUAAAAGAUAUUACGAGUAUUUUAGCCGCAGUGAGCUCGAAAGUUCUAGUACUGGAGGAUCGGGUGUUGAGCAAGAGGAAAGUGAGUAUGAGGAUACUGAAGGAGAGGAUGCUGAGGGGGAAGAUACUGAGGGAGAAGAUGCUCAGUCUGUAUUUACACACUCUAAUAUCUCAGGUAUAACAUCUAACAAUCAGUGUAAGUCAAAAAUACUGACCUUACAACAUACUCUAAACCUCUUCUUCCCAAAGCGAUUUGGCCUCCAAAGUCUGCGCCCAUCAAAACCUACUCUAGAGCGAAGCCAGAGACUUUGUCAAUGACUUGUACCCUAA